AUGAGGCCGCUCUUGGUGCUGCUGCUCCUGGCUGCCGUGUGCGCUGCCCUGGCCCGGGCCCUGCACUGCCACGUGUGCUGCGGGCACGAGAACUGCGAGUCUCUCGUGGAGUGUGCCCUGACGGACAAGUUCUGUGUGAUCACGCGGGCCACCCACCCCGGCGGCAUCCUGGUCAUGAAGUCCUGCGCCUCCGUCUGCCCCAACGGCACCGUGUCCGCGGACGGCCGCGUCCUCUCCGUCUCCUGCUGCCAGGGCGGCCAGUGCGACCGCAGCGCGGCCUCCGGCCUGGCGGGCAGCCGGGCCGCCCUGUGGGCCGGCGCCUCCGCCAGCCUGCUGUGGGCGCUGCUCCGGGCCGCCUGCCUCCGCCACCCCCUCGUGAACCCCCUCGCCCACGGACCUGUGGAUCCUGCCGCCUACCCACCACGCACCCGUCCACCCACCACCUCCCCUGAGCUCGGGGGCGCAUCCCAGACCUGCCUGCCGGGGCCCCCUGGGCACCGCCGGCCCGCAUGGCAGCGACAGAACCCCGCCAGCCGGCGGCUAGGGGAACGCGGGCCUUCCUGA